AUGAGUGAGCUUAGUAGAACGAUUCAACAUUUUAUGUGUGAACGUGCCGAAAAACAAAUAAAUAAUUUAUUGAUGUCUAAAAAAUCGGAGCCACCUGUUCACCAGAACGAAAAUAUUGACAUGCCUCAGAUUUACUAUCAUAGAUAUUUAUUGAAAUGCGCCAAAGCUGUAGAACCCGUUCCUAUGCAAAAAUCCUGGAUAGAUAAUAUACUUGAAAAAUCAGGGUCAAUGCGUUGGAAAAAAAAUAAAAUUUUGGGAUUUUUGAUUGAGGAAAUUAAAGCUCAAUACAUUAGCAGCGGUAAACAAUUUUAUGUCGAUAGUACUAUUCUACCGGUUCUGAGCUUAAAAUAUGAAUCCGAAAGUCUGCCGGAAAAACCAUUGACUAGGACUACGCCAAGUGUGCAAGAAAUUAUUGAUAGAUACUGCUCAGUUUUGAAUUUAAUAAAUAAUGCAUUUAGUGAAUUACCAUCGUUAGACACGUUUUAUGAAAACAAUGCAAAAUAUUCACAAUUUAUCUCUAUUAAUCGUGAUAGUCAAUACUUAUCAGCAGCAAGAUUAACUUUGGUGGAGAAGCUAAAUUUGAUGUAUAACAAUUUGGUAACAUAUUUAGAUAAGUUGGAAAGUGAUUUCAGUGAAAUCGUAAAUGAAAAAAAAUUGGAAAAAUUAUCCAUAUAUCUACAGGGGAAUCACACGUAUGACGAAUUAAUAAAAUUGUUAGAUUUUUUUCAGUCUUUUAAGAAUAGGUCUAAAGAACUAGGAGAYUAUUUUGAGUUUGAGCUAGUAAAUAUUGAUCAAAGUGAAAUUAAAAAUCACGUAUAUGAUUUAGCCAAACAUUAUAUGGAUCAGAUUGUCGAGCACGCUGUUAUUAAUAAUAUAAUUAACCAUAGAAGAGUGAAUGUUAAAUUCAACGAAAUGGUUGCACGUGCGUUUUCCGAACCGAAAAAUUCAAAAGAGUUUUUGGAUCUUGGUGAUUAUAUGUUAUAUGCUACUACCACAUUUAUGCAAGAGAUGAUUGAAAUGGUGAAAUACUUAUCUGCUAUUGCAUGUGAUUUAUCACAGUAUACUGUGUUACCUAAAGAAUUGUGGGAAGCACACGCGUCUUCUGUAGCGUGGAUACAAAAAUCAUCACAUAUUUUUAUCAGAUAUUCUACUAUUUAUGAAGCAGGAAAAUCUAAAGGAGAAGAAAAUAUGGGAAAAACAAUUAGUAAAUUGAACUAUGAUUUAGAUACUUUUGAACCUAGCCUUAAGUUCUUGGAUCGUAUUGAUGACAUCAACAAACUCUACGAAUAUAAACUAUUCAUGAACGCAUUAGUUAGAAAACUAGAUAAAUUCGAUGCUACUGUUGAUUGGAUUGAUCGAGAAAAACAGUUGUUCAAUAAAGAAAUUACUCCAUUUCAAGAACUCACUGAUAUUAAAGAUUUCACUAAGCCAUUCAUCGAUCUGAUUGAAUUUUCCUAUCGUUGGUUGUUGAAAAUGAAUGCUUGGAUGCACGGUGACUUCGAUGCACUUAUAAUACAUGAAGUAGAAUUGCAGUUCGAAGAAUUUUACAAAGAAGCGUUAAGAAUACAAAAAUUAUUAAGAAACAAAUGUAAAGAAAUGUUAACGAAAAAUGACGGCAAAAUAUAUGAAGGUAUAAUGGAUACUCUUAACAUGAACCUCUGGCCAGCACCAUUAAAGAUUAUACAACAAAUAGUUGAUAGUAUGAAGCAGUUUAGGGUUUGAUAUAAUUAGUGUGGGUGCUACAAAAGAAGAGCAAUUACGAAAAACUUUGGUGAAAAUGAAAGAAGAUUGGAAACA